GUGACAGGUGUGCAGCAGGAGCUGCAGUAGGUGCAGGAGAAGCUGCAGAAGGUGCAGGAGCAACAGAAGGUACAGGAGGAGCUGUAGAAGGUGCAGGAGGAGCUGCAGAAGGUGCAAGAGGAGCUACAGAAGGUGCAGGAGGACCUGCAGAAGAUGCAAGAGGAGCGACAGAAGGUGCAGGAGGAGCUGCAGAAGCUGCAUGAGGAGCGACAGAAGGUGCAGGAGGAGCUGCAGGAGGAGCUACAGGAGGAACUACAGGAGGGGCAGGAGGAGUUGCAAAAGCUGCAGGAGGAGCUGCAGGAGGAGCUACAUGAGGUGCAGGAGGAGCUGCAGAAGGUGCAGGAGGAGUUACAGGAAGUGCAGGAGGAGGUACAGGAGGAGCUACAGGAGGUGCAGAGGGGGCUGCAGAAGGUGCAGGAGGAGCUACAUGAGGUGCAGGAGGAGCUGCAGAAGUUGCAGGAGGAGCUACAGGAGGUGCAGGAGGAGCUGCAUGAGGAGGUGCAGGAGGAGCUGCAGAAGGUGCAGAAGGUGCAGGAGCAGCUGCAGAAGGUGCAGGAGGAGCGACAGAAGGUGCAGGAGGAGCUACAGAAGGUGCAGGAGGAGCUGCAGGAGGAGCUACAGGAGGUGCAGGAGGGCCCCAGUCUGCGCUGCUUUCUUCUCUCUCCGCUCAGACCUGGAGGAGCUGCUGCCGCUGGGAGGCUUUAGCACACGC